AUGAAUAUUAAUUUAAAAGAUUAACCUGAUUUUUUUAUAUAAGUAUUUAAUUUUAAAGGUCUAGACUUUAUGAUAAUUAAUAUAAUCAGAUUCUUUAAAAAUAAGUAAUAACAAAAAUAAAACGUUGUAUCUAAAAUUUAUAUGUUUCAUCAAAUCUAAAAAUUUUAAAAGUAUACUUAAGUAUUUUUAUUACAUUUAAGUUAUAGUUGA